UACAUUAGGAAAUACCACAUUGUUGUGUUUGCUGGUAGUCACCUAUUGUCAUAAUGGCAGAAACAGAAGUCAAAACUGAAGUCGAAAUGGAAGUCAAAACCGAAGUCAAAACUGAAGGUGAUGCACAGCCCACUGCAUUGGAGAAAAAGAUUGCAAGACAAAUUGAGUACUACUUUGGAGACUCCAACCUAAAAAGAGAUACAUUCCUGCAGCUAAAGAUCAGAGAAGACAAUGGAUGGGUCCCACUUGAAACCAUGAUCAAGUUUAACAGACUGAAAAUCUUGACAUCAGACUUCGAUGUCAUUGUCCAAGCUCUUGAAAACUCUCCAACAGGUCUAAUGGAGAUAAGUGAAGACAAAUUGAAGAUCAGAAGAGCAGUGAACAAGCCACUACCUGAAGAAACCGCUGCAUACUGGCAGUCUAUGAGAGCAAGGAGUGUCUAUUGCAAAGGAUUUCCAAUUGAUGCUGAUCUGGAUAUGAUGCAAGAGUACAUGGAUCAGUUUGGAGAGUGUGUUCACAUUCAACUCAGGAGAGAUAAGGAAAAGAAAUUCAAGGGUUCCAUCUUUGCUGUGUAUGACACUAUUGAUUCCGUCAAGAGGUUCCUAGAAGCAGAAGACUUGAAGAUUGGUGAUCAGGACGUAGUCAAGAUGAAAAAGGAUGAUUACAUCAAAAUGAAGGCUGAUGAGAAGAAAUCAAGAAAGGAGGAUGAAAAGAAGAAGAAAUUAGAGCAAAAAGAACAGAAGGAAAAGGACCAAGUAGAAGCAAUACAGAGUGAGUUUGAUGACUAUGAGAAGGGUUGUGUUCUUCACUUCAGUGGUGUCAAUGAUCAAACAUCUCGGGAGGAUCUCAAGGAACUCUUCAGUGAUCAUGGCACCAUCCAAUGGGUUGACUAUGAGAGAGGACAGUCUGAGGGAACAAUCCGCUUCAGUGAGGAUACCAAAGCACAGGAAACGCUGGAUAAGGCCAAAGCUGCCAAAGAGGGCGCUCUCCAAGUCCGAGGCUGUGAGAUCACAUUCCGUGUACUUGAAGGAGAAGAGGAGGAGCAGCACUGGAUGAAGGUGUUUGAGGAUAAAUCAAGGGCUAGGCUAAAGAAACAACAAGGGAGGAGAGGUAAAAAGCAGAAGUGGUUUGAGAAGCGAGAUAACCGACGAGGAGGAGAUCGAGGACAUCGGGAUAGGGGAGAUCAACAACAGAUGGGCAAGAAGACAAAGUUUGAAAGUGACGAUGAGGAGGGAAAUGGAAAUUCAGAAGAUGUCAAACCUGAGCAGGAUGUUAAACCUGAGCAGGGUGUCAAGCGACCGGCCGACGAUGGAGAUGCUGGUCAACCCUCGCCCAAGAAGGAGAAAACAGAAGACUCUUAACCUUCUGCAGUCUAAGUUGUUCAAUCUUGCUGGACUUAAGUUAAAUGGACAGUCCUGUGCUGCCAUUUUUCAAAGACUCUUUAAUCUUGUUUGGAAUAGAGACACUCUUGGAGUACAGUAACAACCUGAAUCCAGAAAGGAUAGACUUAGCUUGGAAUGCAUUAUGAGGGACCUUCAAGAUUCAAUGUACAAUGGAUUGGAAACCCUUCUUCUGAAUGAACUUCUGACAUGAUGAUAUGCCUUCGCUACCUUAGUUUAACUAAAAAAAUUAUAAUAAUGUAGACUCUCAUACCUGAUUUCACCAAGGUGAUUUGGUUUAAUGAUUUACACCUCUCUGCUUUUAAGAGUGUGCAUACAGAUUUCUGUCUAUCAAUAAUUUUAAUUUCAGCACACACCACAUGGGUGAAAAUGGGUACAUAUUCCCGUAAGCUUACAGAAAUUUAAAUCGUUAUCCGUGGUUGAGAGUGCUUCGUGAAUUUUGGCCAUGAGAAUGCAAUAAGGUUGCAAGCACAGCCUCAUUGUGUUUAUUGGUACCUCUUGCAGGGUCUCUGUUGAACUUGAUUCUGCUACCACAAAUACAGAAUGGCCAUAUUCUCAGUUCACAUUUUUAGUAGAAACAUUUCAUAUUGAUUUAUGUUAGCCCGUCCAGGUUAGGCACGUAUCUAUGAAAAUUAGCCUGAUGUUUCACACACAUCCAUGAAGCCAACUCCAGACCAAUCAAAACCAUACAUUAUUUUCAAUGACAUACCAUCUGUCGGUUUAGAGUUUGUUAUGUUGGUUUGAAUGCAGCAUUUAUUCCUCACUAGUGAAGUCCAUCUUUAAAUGUAUCACAUUCACAGUUCAUUUAGAAUAACCCGAUUGAGGUAAGCCUUCUUUUGUGAACUAAUUUCAUCACCGUUAUCAGACUUAACGCCCCUUUUUUGUUUUCCUGUAGCAGGUUCAUAAUUUCAUUAAUUCUGUACUACCUUGGUUUACCUCAAUCCCAACAAAAUAAACUAUGAAGUAGAAAAAAUAGAAUGAAAUAAUACACAUUAUAUAACAAACAGGCCUUAUUUUUCUUCUUGUUUCUGUUUUGUUAAUGCAUUUGAUUCCUUAUGUUUGUCAAGAAAAACAAAAUGUUUAAUUGGGACGUGUAUAAUUUUGUAUUUAAUUUUUGGCUCCCAUUUCAUAAAGCCUUACUGUUUUGUAACUCUGCCUUUGUGAUAAAUACCAUGGAAAUCUUGAUUUUUGAUUGGGUGCUGAGCCCUGUUACCAUGGUAGUUUCUAUGACAACAAAGUUACCAUGAAAUAGGCCCCUGGUAGACAUGUAUACUGACAUAUGUUCUUAGAUGGGUUGCAAGUAUUAGAGAUAAAAUUGCAGCUAAAUUAUUACAGAACUAUCACAACAAUUUCUUUAUGAAGUUCAUGUGAUAUGCUUUUUAAAUACAGACAUUGCCAUGGGAGUUUUAUUGGAGACCGAUUCCAACUGUCAAAUGAGCAGCGAACACCCUAUGGUAAAAUGAUUUUAUAAUAAAAUGUAAAUUUGCAA